AAAACGGCCAUCUUGUUUAGUGGGCAGCUGAGAACAAAAGUGUCAACAUCAAGAUCGAGACGAAGAUCAUACCAAGAAAAAUAGGAAAUAAUUUAUUUUCUAUUCCUCUUUGCUGUUAAUUAUCCUUAUUUACAAGUUUAAAUUAUUCAUGCGCUAUCCAAUUCAGUCAUUAUGAAGUGCUGAUACAAAAAUUAACAUAACAAGGUAUACUCCGUCAUAUCACAUACCCUCCGUCGUAAUGACAGGUAAAUUGUUGUCGAAAAAACGCUACAAUCGGGACCGCAGUGUAUCACGUGACAGUAGCUGUAGCGAUGAUGGCGACAGACGGUAUUCUAGAAAAUACACUAAGAGCAGUAGAUAUAGGUAUGACACACGCGAUCGGUCCAGAGAUCGCUACCGGCGAUCGUAUAGCAGAAGCAGGAGUAGCAGCAGCAGUAGUAGUAGCUCAGAUAGGGGAGGUCGCGGGGGAAGCAAGAAAAAGCCGCUCAGAACUAAGUACGAUGACCUCAUGGACAAAGUUAAGGUGAAGGAGGAACCUGUCAGUGAUGAGGACGGUGAUAGGAGAAAAACUAAAUCUAGGUCAACAAAUGUAAAGAGCCGCUACUCGGAUGAAGAGGCUGGAGGUGAUAGAUACAAAAACAGUAGGAGGUCCACGGAAAGAGACGACACGUGGAAGAAUCGGCGUGUGAAGAAGGAGCGAUGGGGUGGGGGAGGUGAUGACAAGGAACACGAGUGGGGCAAGAAGUCGGACCGACUGGACGGAUCCUCACACAACAAGAAACCCCUAGUGGACAAAGCGAAACCCGACUUUGGUUUGUCGGGCAAACUGACCGAGGACACAAACACCUUCAACGGCGUUGUAAUCAAGUACAGCGAACCGCCCGAGGCGCGCAAACCGAAACGACGCUGGCGUCUGUAUCCGUUCAAGGGUGACGAGUGUCUCAAGACGCUACACAUCCAUCGACAGAGCGCGUUCCUGAUUGGUCGAGACCGUAAGGUGGCCGAUAUCCCCGUCGAUCACCCGUCCUGUUCGAAGCAGCACGCCGCGUUACAGUAUCGGCUAGUCACCUAUAACCGGGAGGACGGUCGUGCCGGUAAGCGGAUAUGUCCCUACAUCAUCGAUCUCGAAUCGGCCAACGGCACUUUUGUCAACAACAAAAAAAUCGAAGCGAAAAAGUAUGUGGAACUGUUGGAGCGUGACGUCAUCAAGUUUGGGUUUAGUUCUAGGGAGUAUGUGCUACUGCAUGAGCAUAGCAAGGAUAGUGAAGAUGAUGACAAUGUCUUCGAUAAUAGUGAUUGAUUGGACCGCUUUUGACCGAAUAGUAAAGUGUUCGAUAGUGGGUAAAUUGAUCGACUGUAGUGGAGAGAAUCAAUUGUAACAUUUUCGAUUAUUGGAAUUUGUCGACUGUAGUGGAGAGAAUCAAUUGUAACAUUUAAAAUUAUUGGAAUUGAUCGACUGUAGUUGAGAGGAUAGUUAUGUUUGCUAUAAUACUGAUUGAUUGGGCCGCUUUUGACCGGAUAGUGAUGUGUUCUAUAGUGGGUAAAUUGAUCGACUGUAGUGUAGAGAUUCAAUCUUAGACCAGUUAUAGAAUAGACACGCCCCAUACUGAAAGUCGAUGAAGCCAACAUCUACUGCCAUAUCGCCCCAUCGUGACGUCAGCAUCGGAUAGAAAACGUUUCUGUAGAGUUUGUUUACAUUAUGUUCGCCUGUAGUUUUCUAUACGAUGCUGACGUCACGAUGGGGCGAUAUGGCAGUAGAUGUUGGCUUCAUCUACUUUCAGUAUGAAUAUACAAUGGGGCGUGUCUAUUCCAUAACUGGUCUAAGAUUCAAUGGUACAUUUUUGAUUAUUGGAAUUGAUCGACUGUAGUGAAGAGGAUAAUAAUGUUUGCGAUAACAACAAAUUAUUAGGCCUGUGACUGAAUAGUAAUGUGGUCGAUAGUGGGAAUUGAUCGAGACU